AUGCCCAACGAUGUUGACAAAUCGCUCCUCGAUCGUCUUCAGGCCUUGAGGGGUGGUAGCGCAACGCCCGAGAAGCCCGCAGCAACGCACAUAAAUGUUGAUUUAAUCGAGAGGAGGAAAACUCCCACUCGCGAAGAUGCCCUAGCUGCACGCCUAAAGUCCUUGCGGAGCCAAGACGAAGCCUCACCAUCAGCUCCCAAGACCUCACCCCAAGUAUCGCGUCCAGCACCCGCGCCAUCAUCCAGUCCAAGCCCUCUUAUUAGAAAGACUUCAAAGGAUGAGCCUCAAAAACUAGAUGAUGACGACGACGUCGACGCCAUGUUCCAAACAGAUGAUCAGACCUUGGAGGAACUCCUAGGCGAUGUGAAGCCUGGUGAAGGCUUUCAAGUUGAACCAGAUGAUGAACAAGUCAAGGCUCUCCUGGAAGAACUCGCAGACUCAAUACCACAGGACACUGAGGACGGUGUCAAGGGCAGUUCCAAAGACAAGGAUGAUUCUGAUGACUCUGAUGGUGAGACCAUGAACAAGGAGAUCGACGAUGUUAUCGCCCGCUUCCGCGACGAGGUGGAAAUCGAAGCCGCCCUCAAUAAGGACAAGACACCAGAGCCAGAGUCUGAGUCUGAAGACGAGGGGCAAGAAAAAGACACAGCCUCUAAGGACGUUGAUCUCGACCUCCCUGACCUCCCUUCAAACCUCGACGCCCUUCCAACCGCGCCUGCAUCAUCAGCCCGUGCCGGCAGCGCAGACAUAGACGACAUCACGGCCCGUCUCGCCGCCCUUCGUGCUCCCUCCCCAUCAGCUUCAGACUCCUUCUCCCUUCCCUCAGUCCCUACAUCCAAGCCUUCAGGCAAACCCAUCAACCGCCUCACAUCGCGCACAAACUACACUGACGACGACAUGGACAGUUGGUGCACGGUAUGCCUCGAAGACGCCACGCUACGUUGCCCAGGCUGCGACGAUGACGUCUAUUGCACCCGGUGCUGGCGGGAGAUGCACAUUGGUCCCCAGGCUGGGUUUGACGAGCGUAAUCACAAGGCCGUACAGUUCACAAAGGAUAGGAAGAAGAAGGAGAAGAGAAAGGUUGCGCUCGGGGCAUAGUGUUUCGUUUCAAAGCAUUCUGCGA